AUGGCGCGAACACUCCCCAAGGAUCUGAAUCCUCUGAUCGUCUCAGAAGUUGCUCCAGCUUAUGAGGAUCUUCUUACGCGCCGUCGUCUAGGCAAGACGAAUCUGUCGGUCAAGCAAUCUCAAAUUGGAACUUCAAAUGCGACCAAGCGCGAGAAUCUGGGCGUGUUUGAGUACGCGCAUCUGCGUGCCCCAUUGCCCAAGGACCUGAAGGGCUCUGAGAUCUUCCCUUCACACACCUUGGCGCAACAGCCUGAAACAUACUUUUUGAUGCGACGCAGCAAAGAUGGCUUUGUCAGUGCUACUGGAAUGUUCAAGAUUGCCUUCCCCUGGGCCAAGGCCGAGGAGGAGAGAAACGAGCGUGAAUACUUGAAAGCGCGCGAGCACACCAGUGAAGAGGAAGUCGCUGGCAACGUGUGGAUCUCUCCUUCAUUUGCUCUCGAGCUCUCCAAGGAGUACAAGAUGUACGAAUGGGUGCGAGCUCUGCUGGACCCCACGGACAUUACCCAGAGCCCUUCCAGCGCGAAGAAGCAGAUCACUCCCCCUCCCAAAUUCGAGAUCCCCGAAGAUGAGCCGGCUGUCGGACACCGCCACCGCAGAGGUCGCUCCGCUUCCCCCAGCAAGUCGUCUCCCCGCAAGUCUCGCACUACUCGCAUCACCAAAGAUGUCACGAGCACCCCGUCCACAAAUGCCGCGAACGCCAGCUUGCAGUCCACAUUAGAUAUCUCAGUGUCAAGCGCCACUCUGGACGCAGACACGAUCCCUGAGCUGGGAGCCGAUGCGGAGCCCGAAAUGAAGUCCGCGGGAUCGCCGUCUAAGAAGCCCCGCGCCCGGAAGGCCACUCGGGCCACUACUGCGGAGCCCGAAGAAGAGAUCAAGGACGACAAGAAGGAAGAAAAGAAGGAGAAGAAGAAGGCAGAGAAGAAGACCGAGAAGAAGGAGAAGAAGAAGGAGGAAGUCCAGGCUGAGCCGGCAGUCGAGGUUGCGGUAACCACUGAAACCGCGGCCGAAGAUACCACCGCUCAGGCUACCCAGCCCACCGUUUCUCUUGACUUGCCUCUCCUUUCUGAGGUCCCAUCUGCGGCAGAGACUGAGAAGAUGAUUGCCGAGGCCAAGAGCAUGGUCGAAGACGCCAUCAAGGCACAGGCUGAGGGCACCCCUUCUAAGUCAUCCGUGAAGGUGACCAAGAAGCGCAAGCCCGAGGAUGAUGAUGAUGAGGAGACCUCAGCCGAAGCCGCUCAGCGGGCGAAGAAAGCCAGAGUGCUCGAGAACAAGCUCAAGCAAGAGCGCGUGCGCAACCGCUCCAUCUUUGGCGUCUCUAUCGCAUUUGCCGUUGCUGCCUCGAUUCCCUACUUCUUCUGA